CACAAGUGUCGCUCUUAAAUAUCUGAAUAAUGUACUGAAGAGCUAAAUAACUUGCGUUAAAAUACCCCAGGCUCACUGUUCUCAGACGGGUAACAAAACGUUCAAGUUAACGGCGAGUAGAAGUUAACACGGGAUAGACCGCAGGUCUGCUGUUUGGCUUAACUGGUUAGAGAAGAAACUUCAACAAAGCAAGCUUAUAAUGAGGGCUUACAAGAAAAGAUCACUGCCUGACAAACAAAUUGUCCCAAACAUGUCUAACAGCCAUAUGAAGGUCAAGAUGAAAUCCUGCAAUACAAGUAUGUCUGCUUCUUGCCACAGUUCAGUUUGUAGUAACAAUAAAACAAAGAAAUGUUACAGAGUGCCUCAAAAGACAAAAUGUCUGAAAACUAUAAAACAAAGAAAUCUAAUUCGGGGGCAGAGCAGCAACAGAUCUAACCAGCACAGUCAACAGUGUGAAAGAGGAAGGAAAGACGAAGAGUCAUGCAGCAAGUAUCAAGAUUGCCAAGGCAGCUGCUCACUAAACCUCUCCAGAAAAGAAAAACCAGUUGCAAAACCAUUUCCUUCAAAGAAGCCAAGCAUUAUUACUGAAGGCCGUCUUACAUCUAUCAGAGGCCUCUUCAGCCAUGAGGUAAGGUCUGUCAACAUUGAAAGACUGGUAAAGGAAAAGAAACAUCAAAAACAGGAAGGACAGGCCACAGCGAGUCAUUCACCUUCCCCUCCCUGUUUAAUUCCCCACUCAACACCUCCUGCUGUGGUUUCUGAAACAAGUGAGGAAGGCAUUUCUGCAUAUGCAAGUAAAGACCAGAGGUUACUGCCAUUAGAGCAAACAGAUUGUGUACAGACUAAUUUAGAUGGCACAGUGCCUCUAACUAUGCCUAGUGGGGAUCGGACACAUAAUUCUGCACAGAUUCAUGAAGCUUUUUCCAGAAGCCCUUUGGAUCAGAAAGACAUACCAGAAGUUGUAAUUUUGUCUUCAUCAGAAAAUGAACUUGUUCAUAAGUCCUUUCGAACACCUGUCAGCCCAUGUGAACAUAAGGUCAUUCCAAAAAAGAAAAUCAGACAUGACCAAAAGCGAACAAAUAAGGCAGCUGCUGUGGAUGUGAAGCAUGAUUUGGUAAUUGCUAAAAGACUAGACACUCCUGUAGGGUCAAAAUUCUUCAAAUUGGAUUCUCCUCAAUUUUUGAAUGCUCAAUUGGAUGCUCCUAGUCCUGCCAGCUUCAUGUUUUCUUCACCCACACUGGACAGUAAGAGAAUGCCAGUGGGAGAUGAAAGUCAACAUAGAAACCCUGAUUUUUCAUCCAACGAGGAAGCAGUGAGUAGACUGGCAUCUGGUCUGUGUAAUAGUCUAGAUUCAUUUCCACUACAACACUGCCGCCCUCUUCUGACAGAGUGCAGGAAAGUGCUCUUGCACCAACUGCAGGAAAGACAUGGCUCUCAGCUCCAGCACAGCCUACGUAGGCUGCACUCUCACAUCAGUGCAAAGGAUCCACGUUCAUCCUCAGACUCUACAGAGCAAGUCUGGCCCAGUUCAGAGCAAAAGUAUUUAGGCAACAAGCAAAUGUAUUCCAUCUUUACAAGGAAACAUGAAUUUAAUCAACAGAGUGAGACAGCAGAAUAUCCGACAGAUAAUGGCUCACAAAACCAUUGUCUACAAGAAGCCUUUUGUGAGAAUGUGGAAGUAGGAUCAACUUCUAAGAGGCAGAGGAAAAAAACUUGGGAGAUGCACUCACCUCAGGAUUUUUUUAGAAAACUCAGGCGACCCUGCCAAGAUACGAUGAGCCAGUGGAGUAUAACAGCACAGUCUCAAGAUACUCUUAGUGCAAAGCAACUCUCCAACUCUCAGAUGUUCUCCCUGCACCAGGCUUUUACUGCGCCUCAAACUUCAACACCAGUGUCUUAUCACUGUACAAAUAGGACUUUGGACCCAUUUUUCCUGGAGCCACAGAAGCAAGUAAAAGUAGGUAGUGGUGAAAGCGGGAGAAGACAUGGCACUGCACUGCCACUGCUAGAACAGUGGAGAAAUGACCCUGAUUUAAAUUUUCUGUUUCAAGAUGAGAACUUGGAGAAAUCCCAUUCAGCAUUAGGUUCUCUGACAGAAUUAAGGAGUUGUUCCCCUCACCAUGAGACUGAGAGUGUCAGUGUUAAACCGCACUUUGGUGCUUUCUCGUCUGUUUCAGCAUUCUUUCCUCCUGAAGGGUUUUGUUAUGAGCCUUACUAUCAGUUUCCACAUCCAUCUAACUCUUUUAAAAAUUUGCCAUGA